AUAAGAUUUUUGAAUUUUCACCUCCAGAGUAUAGCAGCAUUUAUUCUGGAGUAAUGAAUACUUUAUUGGGUUAUAAUGUGAAUUCUGAAUAUGUCUUAAUAAUUAAAAUAAAUGAAUUUCAAAACUUGGAAAGCAAAACCCCUGAAUAUGAAACUAAAUAUUCUUUUGAAAGAAGAAGUUGGCAUUAUUAUUUGCCAUAUGGUAAUUGGCUACUAGACUUUGAGAAAGCUUUUAAUAUACUCGACAAACUUAACAAUCAAAAUAUUACUGUUAAAGAAAAUAUUAUUAUUAAAAGUCAAAACAAUGAUGAAUUUAUUAUUUUACUAUCAAACGCUACUAUUUUACUAAAUAAAGAUCCAAAGCCAGAUAUUACCUUUAUUUGA